CCUGAGCAUUUGCCCCCUUUCAGUAUCCUCCUCAGAGUUUAUGUCCAAACUCUGACAUUACGAAACGCGUCCGCGGUAGCCUGUCCAUCAGGAAGCACCAUCAGCGCAGAACGUAGGCUAUAAUAUAAGUUUUUGCGCUACAAACCUCAACAGCGGCUUAAACACAGUUGCUCAUUGGGUGCACGCAGAUGGGCAGAGGAAUAAAAGAGCUGGGGUGCUUUUGUAAAGCUGCGAGAAAGCCGUUUGGGUUGUUUGUUACCGUUUUAAUCCCAUUAAUUAAAACGUUAACCUGAUUGGGUAGCGCGCGCUCAAUCCCGAUAGGCGAAUCUUCUUCAUAUUAAUAGCCCGACUUGAGAUAAUGAUGUAAAAGACUCCCCCUUCUGCUGCUGAUGCUGAUCGCUGCCGAGAUCUACAAAGUGCGUCUCAACACGAUAAACGCAGUGUAGAGCACUUUAGGAGGAGCCUCACUUGACAAGCGGAGCGGCCAUCAACAUCAACUCCACUUCAUAGAGUAGAAACUUAAGGAGAGGACAGCGGCUGAGUGAAGCCUCAUCAUCGCAUCCGACUUUCGGGAGACUAUGGACAGGAGAAUAAACUUGGGUGGAGACAUUUUUCACAAAACUCUCAGCGCAGUCUCGAGCAAAAAGAUGGACUCAUUUCGACCGGCUGCGGGUAUUGAUCUCGGUUCGCGGGACAGCCAGUCGCCCAUCAGCUGUUUUGAGCAGACCGACCCGGACCCGGUGCAGCCCGGCGGGCGAGCGGGCACGCUGGGUCUGCCCACCGGAUCUUUGUGUGUGAAAUACGGCGAGAGCGCAAACAGGACUUCGGCCGCGGAGAGCAGCGGCGGCGAGCAGAGCCCGGACGAUGACAGUGACGGCCGGUGCGAGAUGAUGCUCAUGACGGACGGGAGAACGACGGUGCCCGGCGCAAAGUCAGAGGGAGGUAAGAAAAACAAAGAGCAAAAAAUGCUGAGACUAAACAUCAACGCCCGGGAGAGACGGAGAAUGCACGAUCUGAACGAUGCGCUCGAUGAGCUGCGCGCGGUCAUCCCUUACGCGCACAGUCCGUCUGUACGGAAACUCUCCAAAAUUGCCACCUUGCUCUUAGCCAAAAAUUACAUCCUCAUGCAGGCGCAGGCGCUGGAGGAGAUGAGACGGCUGGUUGCGUAUCUCAACCAAGGCCAGGCUAUCUCUGCCGCCUCGCUGCCCGCGACCACAGCUCUCACGCCGGGGUUGAGCGCGUACGAGCAGCCGCCUGUACCCGGGUACCCGUUCCCCGCAGGAGUCGCAGCGUCCUCCUGUCCAGACAAAUGUGCCCUUUUCAACAAUGUCACCUCCAGCCUCUGUAAGCAAUGCACUGACAAGCCUUAAACUCUGCAGCCGACUCUGCUAGAAGCACACGCGCAACUUUUGACUCUGAAAAAGAGAGACUGAUGUUUGCCAGCAGUUUUACAAUGAAGUCGCUAUAGAAGAAUGCUAAAAACUUUUCUUACACAACUUCAUUCCAAGAAACACUGAUUGUGUAAAUACGGUAUAGCCUAUACUUUAAGUGCUGGUGAGAGUGGGAUGAAAACCAAACAAAGUCUAAUGACUGAUGAUGAUGAUGAUGAUGAUGAUGAAGAAUGAACAGUUAAUUAUCGUGGACCCUUCAGAAUGACGUGUAUCACUGACCUGACAACAUGCAACCAUGUUUUACCUUAUUUAUGAUGCCAAACGGUUUAAGGUUUUUAACUUGCAAUAAUGCGUAUUCUUGCUACUUUGAAUUUAUGUUAUGUAAAUGUUUGCUUUCAAGUGACAUCUGUGUUUUUACGAAGCAGCUGCUGGGAGGAGCGGCGUGCUGGACUUUAUUCCAAAGUAGCCUACGUGUUAUUUCGAAAGCUUAGUUGAGAUCGUUCAUUUUUAAAAAAAAAAAAAUUGUAAUAUAAUAUAUUGUUAGUUUGGUGGAAUCUUAAAAAAGUUGUUUUGCCUUUUUCAUUUCUCUAAAUGGAUGAAAUCAAGUGGGUCUGCAUGCCUGGUCUGAUUAUGCAUUGUCAUCAUUGCUGUAAAUCUCGCCGAUUUGGCUUUUUACAAACACACAUGCAGUUUGGCUAGAGACGUGGCGGUUUCAACUUGUUGUCAGGUCGAGGCUGGAAGCAAUGUAGAUAUAUUAGUAUCAAUAUGACCACAGAGGGCCAUUUGUAUGUGUCGAUGUAUUGGAAAGCUUUAUUAAAAUAUUUUGAUCCAA